AUGACUGAAGAAUCUAAUGAUCUUCAUGGUAUGGUACCAGACUCAAAUGAAAUAGCAUUAUUACUAAUUGAUGUUAUUAAUCAUUUAGAUUUCGAAGGAAAUGAAGAACUAUUGAAAAUAGUUGAACAAAUCGGAUCACAUAUUGCUGAAUUAAAAGAAGCAGCACGUAAUGCUGGUAUACCAAUCAUUUAUGUUAAUGAUAAUUUUGGUAAAUGGAAAUCAGAUUUUCAUAAUGUUAUUGAAUAUGUUAUUAAUGAAAAUAAACCUGGUAAACAUUUAGCUCAAUUAUUACAUCCACAAGAAGAUGAUUAUUUUGUUCUUAAACCAAAACAUUCAGGUUUUUAUUGUACUCCACUUGAUCUAUUACUCAAUCAUUUAGAUACAGAAACAUUAAUUCUUGCUGGUUUUGCUGGAAAUAUAUGUGUUUUAUUUACAGCUAAUGAUGCUUAUAUGAGAAAUUAUAAAUUAAUUGUUCCAAGUGAUUGUAUUGGAUCAAAUACAACUAAAGAAAAUGAUGUUUGUUUAGAACAAAUGAAAAAACUACUUAAAGCAGAUACAAGACCAUCAGUUGAUAUAAUAAAAGAGAUUGAAAAACUGCGAAAAACUAAAAGUACUAAUGAAGAACGAACAAAAACACGAAAAAAAAUUAUUAAAACAUAG